CGGGCUUGCUUCCUCGGAGGGGUGCGGUUGCGGGCCGCCUGGAGCCGGCCGGGCCGGGCGUCUGGUGGGGUGAACCGCUCUGGCCGAAUGGUCACGCCAGACUCGGCGUCCUCAUCUGUGAAGUGUGGACGUCAGUCAUCCCUGCCGCACGGCGUCGUUCUGAGCACUCCCGUUUUGUCAGCUGCUGUUGCAUUGAUCUGUUACCUCCGUGAUUCAGGAGGCUGGGGCUGCCAGUCUCUAGGGCCCUCGCUUCUCAAUUCCCUCAUUGUGCAGUGGAGGAGGGGAGAGGCUGGACUAGGCAGUCCCCACGGCCCUCGGCCCUCUCCUGGCCCUGGCAUUCCCCAGCCCCCAGUGGUCAUGUAUUACGUAUUCAUUUGUUAUUUGUUAUGUAUGAGCAUGACGGUAUCCUGAAGCCAUCGAAGGCUGAGUGACGGUGGAAGGUCUGGGACAAAUUUAAGAAGAGCGCGGUGAGCCGGAGCUGAGAGGGGAGGACAGACAGGCCACACAGGAGAUGGCACCUCUUCGGAGAGUUCGUGAGGGCAUGAAGCAAACUGCCCUCAAACAGCGCCCUGUUGUUGAUGGCAUCUAGAAAGAUGCUGAGGGUCCCGCUCUCCUGGCCUGAUAGACGCACAGGAUGGUAGUGCAGAACCUAAAUUGGUAAUAAAUCAAUAAGAAACAAAUGUUUACAUUCACUCAGUGAAAAGUAUCAUGUCUAAGCUCAACAUAUAUCGGAGCCACACAUGGACACCUCUCCCUCCUCCACUAAGAGUGGAAAAUGAACAGAUCUCAGGAACAAGUGUCAUUCAAAGAUGUAUGUGUGGACUUCACUCAGGAAGAGUGGUAUCUACUGGAUCCUGCUCAGAAGAUACUAUACAGAGAUGUGAUUCUAGAAAAUUAUAGCCACUUUGUCUCAGUAGGAUAUUGCAUUACUAAGCCAGAAGUGGUCUUCAAGAUUGAGCAAGGAGAAGAGCCCUGGAUAUUAGAGGCAGGAUUCCCAAGCCACUGCCACCAAGAAGACUGGAAAGUUGCUGACCUGAUAGAGAGCAGCCAGAACAAUGAAGACGAACAUUUUUGGCAACUUGCUUUCACCGCCAACAAAACAGUAAAUAUAGAUAGUGGUGAUAGAGUCAGGAAAGCUUUCAAUCUGGGCACAGAUUCUGUUCCUUCAAGAAAUUUUCCAUAUAAGAUAUGUGACUCGUGUGAAAUGAGUUUGAAAAAUAUUUCAGGCUUAAUUAUCAGUAGGAAGAACUAUUCUGGAAAGAAGCCUGAUGAGUUUAAUGUCUAUGAGAAAUUGCUCCUGGAUAUUAGGCAUGAGAAAACUUCUCCUGGGGGGAAAUCUUAUAAAUACAAUCAGAAAAGGAAUGUGCUCAAUCAUAGCCACAAUCUCAAUCAGCCAAUUUUUGACCAGCCUUCUGAAUAUAAUGAAAAUGGACAAGCCUUCCAUGAGGAAGCGGCCUUUUUUACAAACAAGAAAAUACAGAUUGGAGAGACGCUCUGUAAAUAUAAUGCAUGUGGAAGAACCCUCAUCCACAGUUUAGAACUCAGUUUAUCUCAGACUACUCAUUUAGAGAUGGAGCCAUAUGAAUGCAAUAUUUGUGGGAAGUCCUUUUAUACAGAUUUAAGAUUGGGACAUCAGAGAACUCUUACAGGGGAGACUCCUUAUGAAUACAAUGAAUAUGGGCAAACCUUAUGUGAUAACUCAACUUUCAUUAUCCAUCAAGAAACCUAUGCAAGAAAGAUUCCCCAUGAAUAUAAAGUAGAUCAUAAAACAUGGGAAAAAUCAGCCCUCUUUAAACAUCAGAUAGUACACAUGGGCAAAAAACCUUACGAGCACAAUGAAAAUGGAAAUAACUUCAACAAAAAGUCACAUCUCACCCAACUUCGAAGAGCUCACUCAGGUGAAAAAACUUUUGAAUGUGGUGAAUGUGGGAAAACAUUCUGGGAGAAGUCAAACCUCACCCAGCAUCAAAGAACACACACAGGAGAGAAACCCUAUGAAUGUACUGAAUGUGGGAAAUCCUUUUGUCAGAAACCACACCUUACCAACCAUCAGCGAACACAUACAGGAGAAAAACCCUAUGAAUGUAAGCAGUGUGGAAAAACAUUCUGUGUAAAGUCAAAUCUUACAGAACAUCAGAGAACGCAUACAGGGGAGAAACCGUAUGAAUGUAAUACAUGUAGGAAAUCCUUCUGCCACAGGUCAGCCCUAACUGUCCAUCAGAGAACACACACAGGAGAGAAACCCUUUAUGUGUAAUGAAUGUGGGAAGUCCUUCUGUGUGAAGUCAAACCUCAUCGUACAUCAAAGAACUCACACAGGGGAGAAACCCUAUAAGUGUAACGAGUGUGGGAAAACCUUUUGUGAAAAAUCUGCUCUCACUAAACAUCAGAGAACUCACACAGGGGAGAAACCCUAUGAGUGUGAUGGAUGUGGGAAAACAUUCAGUCAGAGGUCAGUACUCACAAAACAUCAGAGAAUUCACACAAGGGUGAAGGCUCUUUCCACAUCCUGAUGCCCAGAAGCCUUCACCCACCCAUUCAAAUUCUUACACCAUUUCUAAAAACAAGAUGAAUGAAGCCCAAAGAAUGUCUUACAUUACUAGAAAGUGAUGUCUUGUUGUACUUCAAGUAAUUAAUACUGGAAUAAAACGUUACUGAUAUUUUGAAUAUGUGAAAGUGCUCAAGAAAAACUGAAACUUUUCAUCAAAAAAAAAAAAAAAAAGAAACUUUUCAUCAGAAAAUUUAUAUUGAGGGGAAAUUUAUUCACUUAAAGAAUGUUGUAGAAAUCUUUGUCUAGGAUUUAUGUCGUGUCAUAUUCCAGAUGUGAUACCAAAUUUUAUUGUAAAUAUAGUGGAUGGUGUUCAUUCAUACCUAUAUUUACAGUGGGAUCUGAAGUUUAAAAAAAGUUGAAUCACAAUAGCGUGAAGAGUCCUGAUGUUUGCAGGCCUGAUAUAGUAAUAGUAAUAUAGCAGAAAUUGGAGGUAUGCUUGAUUUGUAUACUUGUGAAGAGAAAACAUCCUUACUUAAAUAAGUGUUAUGGUCUAUAUUAAUAUCUCCCACACUAAACACCACCAGUGUCUUUAUAGGUUGAUAUAAUUAUAUAUGUAUAUAUAUGUAUAUGUAAAUCUAUUUAUACACACAUACCCCCACGUAUGCAGUGGUGUGUUGGAAUAAGCUCAUGCUGGCUUGCAACUGCUGAAAGUUAAAUUUUCAGGAAUUUUGUGAGCCAGUUCUUAAACAGUCAUUAUUUAAAAAUUAAGUUAUAUUAAAACCAAGGGUAGUAAAUACUCAGCACUCAUCAUUUCCUAAUUAUUUUAUAACAUUUUGCUCUUAUCUUUGUUCUGUGGGUCACCUAUAUUAUCAAAUGGCAUGGUAAAAAUACCAUAUUACAUGCUACUGUACAUCUCUUCCCACCUCUGCACUCAGUGUUGUCCUGUGAGUAGGUCGGCUUUAGUGGGAGGACUUAGGCCCUGGACAUUGGCAAACUCUACAAACCAGGGUUUUAAUUUCCUCAGAGAACCUGUUGUCAAAUACUUACCAGCACACCACUGUGUGUGUGUGUGUGUGUGUGUGUGUGUAUGAAAAUAUAUCUGGAAAAUUUGAACAAACUACAUACCCCCCUUUCCCAUUUCCUGACAUAAAUAAAUGGUUAUGGCCAUUAUUGCUGAACUGCCUCUUCAGUGAAGAACCCCAAAUUUGUUUUUGUGAGUUUUUUUUUUUUUUUUUGACUACCUCUGCAUCAGUCUUAAUUGUAAAUACUACUUGAGUCUCUUUAUAGUUUGGCCAGUAUAUGUUCUCUUAAAACCACAUCACCAACCUUCCCUCUGAUGUUGCUAGCAUAUAUGAAUUAGUAUGGCCGUUGUUACUAAUCCACUACUUCCCUAAAGAAGCCACUGAGGGUUUUUAGCUGCCUCUGGGUCAGUCCAUAGUUAUGUGCUGUUAAUAACCGUGAUAUUUAUGUGAGUUUUGCAAAGGUUAACAUCAUUUAUGAACAGGAAUACUCACUGCACAGCACAAAUAAAAUUUCUGGUAUUUCUAGAAUGCUACUUUCUUACUCUUGAUAUUUCAUUAUUGUAUCUAUUUAGGCAUGAUAUGUUGUAUGUGACCCAGGAACUAUGUAUUUGUAUUUAAAAUAAUAGGGUGUCAUAUACUGUCUCUGCCUCCUUUGUCCUACUGUUUCCUGCACCUCCUUGGAACACACUGAUCAUCAGUUCCAAGAGACACUGCCCACCUAGCACCCAUACUCUUAUUUUUUACUUGCUGGGCUCUGUUUUGUCUCUCCAUUCUUCCCCCAGAUGAUUUAGGAGUAAAUUCAGAUUAAUCUAAGUUAAUCGUGGAGAUACUAGUCUAAUGAUUCUGUUGAAGUGUUUGGGAAAUAUUCUGUGAUUCUUCUGGGAAAGACCUCAGUGAUAAACUAUUGUUGUGACAUGAGAAGACACAAGGGGAGAUUGUCUCUCUUAUGCUGGACUUUUUCUUUUUUUUUUAAAUUCUUUUUAUUUUUUUUUUUUAAGAUUUUAUUUAUUCAUGAGAGACACAGAGAGAAAGGCAGAGACACAGGCAGAGAGAGGAGAAGCAGGCUCCAUGCAGGGAGCCCGACGUGGGACUCUAUCCCAGGACUCCAGGAUCAUGCCCUGAGCCAAAGGCAGACUCUCAACCACUGAGCCACCCAGAUGUCCCUGGACUUUUUCAUAUUUGUAUGUUAUAUACCAAAUUAUAGCUGGUGACCUUGAAGGGCAAUAGCCUGAAGAUAGCAGUAGAUAAAAUGGGACAAGCCUGGCUCAGAGGGGAUGUCAUUGAGCCACAUAACUGCAUCUGGGCCUGUUCUCUGCUAGGACUUCAUAUUACUGUGGUAAUAAUGGUUGCUUUUUUAUACUUAGGGCUGUCUGUUACUUCUAGAUGAAGGCCUUCCAAUAGAUGAGUAUUUAGGUUCUAAGUGUUUAUGUUCUAUACAGUGAUUUGGAGGAAGAAUGAUUUCUUUUGACAAGGUAAUACAAAGAUAACUAUUUGUAUCAGCCCUGCUUCUAAUGAAAAACAGAAUUCUACCCCAACUAAGAGGAUUGUGCACAGUAGACUUACUACAGUGAUGUGGGCCAGAAACAAGGGAUGCUCAAGCACCUAGAGACUAGCAUUACCCAGAAGCCAUGAGCAUUCUAAGUUAUAAAGGGGCAAAGGAUGGAAACAAGUGUCACCAGAGCCCAAUAAGAGCUGCUCUCAUGGAGGAGAGACUAUCUCCUAGGAGAUCUUUUCCCUACCAGAAUCAUGGCCCUGAACUACUGAUGCCUCCCUUUGAAGAAUCUAACCAGAUGUUAUUUCCAGAGUAGCCCAGGUGGAUACAGAAAGUGGAGAGAAGGUCUGGGUGCAGUCGAUGGAUAAUAAGCAGCACAGUGUUUGUUUUCUGUAAAUUCCUAUGUAAAGUCUCAGUAUUAGAAAUAAACUUAUUCUGCUAGUUGAAAGUGAAGUCUUUUUACUUCAUUGUGCUUUUGUAUCGUCACAAGUAAAUUCCUUUUGAAAUUGAGCACUGUGGCAGGUAUGUCUGUUGACAUGCAUGAAGCAGAUAUUAUGUUAAAUUAUAUUAUUCAUAUAUCCCUCUGUGGUGUUUCUUGUUAAAUGUGUUGUGAGGUAAGCAGUUCUGUAUUCUUCCAAAUAAAUAGCCAUUUGUCCCUG